AACCGAAACCACUGCACAUUACUUUCAUCAAACUUCUGAUUUGUACCCCUUUUACGUAAAGAUAGCUGUGUGUAUCUUUUUGGUCUUUGCUGGGUUGAAAGUUUGUGGAUUGGCCUUUUCGAUUUUAGUUGAAGGCUUCGAGGAUUAUUUCUGCCGGGAGGAAAUAAGCGUUUAUUGAAUCCUGCAAAAAUGACAAAUUCUACGUGAUUUCUAACUUGGGAUUUGCUGAUUGGAUGCAGGAGGGGUGCCUGCAAAAAUGACAAAUACUUGAUUUCCAACCUGGGAUUCACUAAUUAGAUGCAGCAGGGUUGGUAAUUUUCAAAAUAUUCUCAGGGUUUUCAUAAUCGGGGAAACAUUGCUCAGGAGUUGUUAUUGAUAGGGUAACUGAAGCUGCAGGUGCUGCAAGAUAAAGGGGGAGCGUUGAUCGAGGUUUCUGUAACCAACUAUGGAAAAACAAAAGGGUGAGGAUUGGAGGGAGAUGGUGAGAAAUAUGCUUCCUCCAGGGGUUCCCCUCCCGUCAGAGGAUGCUAAUCUAGAUUACUCUAUAGCUCUGGAGUACAAAGGUCCCCCAAUAUUGUAUGACCUUCCAAAGGUGGAGCCCAUCGAUACAAACUGUAAUGCAAUUCCGAGAGCAUCUGGAGCAGAAUCUCAUUCAGAUUCCAGGAGAUCAAUGGCCCAUGAUGUCCUUGACCCAAUCCCUCUUCCGGUCUCUUGUAUUGCCGGUGUCACCAGUCCACGCAUUCAGAGUCCUAGGGUGUCAAGAAGCUCCGAGUCCCAGGUGUCUGUCCUGAGUCCUGGAUCAUCAUCUGGUUCGCUCUCGGCAUCUCCUGCUUCGGCACACAACCCUGCAGAAGAUGCUCGGAUACCUGUGGUCAAUCAGGGGAAGAGAGCUCCAGUCGUGACUUUCAAUACUGUUGAUAGAUCCGUGAAGAAAAUGGAGGACCGGGCUUUUAAUGAGUAUGUUGGAGUUUCCAAAGAAAACAAAAAGAAGAAAACAAGACUGUGUUGCAGGUGUGGAAAAGCAAAGUGGGAAACCAAGGAGCCCUGUUUGGUUUGUGAUGCAAAGUAUUGCAGCAGUUGUGUGCUUAGAGCUAUGGGUUCGAUGCCCGAGGGGCGAAAAUGUGUUUCAUGCAUUGGCGAGCCAAUUGAUGAGUCCAAGCGGUCUAAGCUGGGAAAACACUCCAGAGUGUUGUCACGUUUACUUAAUCCUUUGGAAGUUAAGCAAAUAAUGAAAGCUGAGAAAGAGUGUGCUGCUAAUCAGCUUAGACCAGAGCAGUUGAUUGUUAAUCGGUUCCCUUUGAAAUCAGAAGAGAUGGCAGAACUAUUUGGAUGCCCUUUACCUCCUCGAAAGUUAAAGCCCGGUAGAUAUUGGUAUGACAAAGAAUCUGGUCUUUGGGGAAAGGAGGGAGAAAAACCUGAUAGAAUUGUGUCUUCAAACCUGAGUUUCACUGGGAAGCUUAGUCCUGACGCAAGCAAUGGGAACACAGAGGUCUACAUGAAUGGCCGGGAGAUAACAAAACGCGAACUCAGAGUUUUGACGCUUGCGAAUGUGCAAUGUCCCCGUGACACCCACUUUUGGGUAUAUGAUGAUGGCCGCUAUGAGGAAGAAGGACAAAAUAAUAUUAGAGGAAAUAUAUGGGAAAAGGCAUCAACACGGUUCCUCUGUACAUUACUUUCCCUUCCUAUACCCAAUGGUCAGUCACAUAGUCAAAAGGAUGAACCAAGCACAUAUACCUCUGUUCCAAAUUAUUUGGAGCAGAAAGGAGUUCAGAAACUUCUAUUACUUGGACUUGGAGGCUCUGGAACCAGCACCAUAUUCAAACAGGCCAAAUAUUUGUAUGGGAACAAGUUUAGUGCUGGAGAGCUGCAAGAUAUUAAGCUCAUGAUUCAAAGCAAUAUGUACAAGUAUCUAAGCAUUCUCCUUGAUGGACGGGAACAUUUUGAAGAGAAGGCUUUUUCGAAACUAAACGAAGGCGGAGUUGACUCAUGGGAAUGUAACCAAUGUGUAUAUUCUCUAAACCCAAAGCUGAAGCAUUUUUCUGAUUGGCUGUUGGAUAUCAUAGCCACUGGAGAUUUAGAUUCUUUUUUCCCUGCAGCAACUCGUGAAUAUGCCCCCCUAGUUGAGGAGGUGUGGAAGGAUCCAGCCAUACAGGAAACAUACAAGAGGAAAGAUGAACUUCCCUUCCUUCCAGAUGUUACCGGUUAUUUCUUAAGCAAGGCUGUUGAGCUAUCAAGCAAUGAGUAUGAACCUACAGAGCAUGACAUAUUGUAUGCUGAAGGGAUUACCCAGGGUAAUGGCUUAGCCUUCAUGGAAUUCUCAUUGGAGGAACGUAGCCCAAUGUCUGAAAUCUAUGCAGACAAUCUUGAAUCUCUUCCACCGCCUCUGACUAGGUACCAACUUAUAAGGGUAAAUGGCAAGGGAAUGAAUGAAGGGUGGAAGUGGGUAGAGAUGUUUGAAGAUGUGAGAGUGGUUAUCUUCUGUGUUGCUUUGAGUGAUUAUGAUCAGAUAUGUGUUGCCCCAGAUAACAAUGGUAAUGGAAAGCUAUUGCAAAACAAGAUGAUGCAAAGCAAGGAACUAUUCGAAGCAAUGAUACGUCAUCCUUGUUUCAAAAACACCCCUUUUGUAUUGUUGUUGAAUAAGUAUGAUCUAUUCGAAGAGAAGAUGACGCGAGUGCCUUUGGGUACUUGCGAGUGGUUUGCUGAUUUUAGCCCUGUGCAAGCUAAUAACAAUCAAGCACUAGCGCAACAAGGCUACUACUACAUUGCGAUGAAGUUCAAAGACCUCUAUGCAUCCCUCACAGAUAGAAAACUCUUUGUCUGGCAAUUGCAAGCAAGAGAGAGAGAGACAGUUAGCGAAUCAUUCAAGUUUGUAAGAGAGGUAAUCAAAUGGGACGAGGAGAAGGAGGAUAAUUAUAUUGGUGGGGUUGAUGAUUCAUUCUAUAGCACAACCGAUGUUAGCUCGUCUCCUCUUAUCAGGCAAGAGUGAAGAAAUCAUUGGUAGGUACUGUGGGGUUGGUUUGCAUUUUGUACAUAAGCAGGUAUAGAUAAUAAUGAAAUGAAACCAACUGUCUCAAAAUUCGUUUCCCAUCGGAUCUAGUUGUCUUGAAGUUCGUGCUUAAGCCUAUGUUCAUUGCACAGCAUUUAAAAAUGUAUCAUCCAGAGUAUUAUCCUCAGACUUUUAUUUAUGGAUAUUGAAGUGUGAGAUUCUUACGAUCUGGAAGGCGUGAUGAUGAUCCUGCAGAGCCUGUUUUCUACACGGUCCGGUGUUGUCUCUACAUAAUUUAAACGAAUAGUUUUGUUGAAACUUCUUGUAUCUUCAUAUCUUGUGGUGCUAGAUAUGGAGAUUGGGAAGUGCUCUCCUCAAGAACAAUAGGAAUUGUGAAAAUCCUACGGGUAGAAAUAUAUAAUCGUGUUGUGA